AUGACGGAGGUCGCUACCAUUCAGACACAAACCCCGCCUUUGCUGUCAGGACCCUCCGAGAAGGAACGCAAAUAUGACCGCCAGCUGAGGCUAUGGGCCGCCAGUGGCCAGGCUGCCUUGGAAUCCUCCCAUAUUCUGCUCGUCAACUCAUCCUCAGGCACCAUGGGCGUCGAGACGUUGAAGAACCUAGUGCUGCCAGGCAUCGGCAAAUUCACCAUAGCCGACGGCGCCAACGUUCAAGAGGCAGACCUCGGCGUCAACUUUUUCCUCGAUGCCAGCAGUCUUGGCAAACCGAGAGCCCAGGCUUGCGCCGACUUGCUCGUCGAACUCAACCCAGAAGUCAAGGCCGACUGGUUCCCGAAGAACAGCGAGCCGUACGACCUCGCCAAGGUGCUCGAGAGCCCUGAGCCGUACACCAUCAUACUCUAUGCUCUGCCCAUCAAGCCUGAAGAUCUCCAGAUUCUCGAGUCGUACGCGACAGACCACAAGACGCCAUUGAUUGCCGCUCAUUCGGUCGGCUUUUACGCUUAUUUUCGCGUCCACCUGCCCGCCGCGUUCCCCAUCGUCUGGAAGCAGUCCCACCAGGGCGAGUACCCGUCGACCUACCAGGACAAGGUCGCCUUCAGGAGGGUCGUAGCCGAGGCGGCAAGGACAGACACCCCUGAAGGUGGCGAGGAGAACUUUGACGAGGCCGCUGCGGCCGUCCUCAAGACGAUAUCGCCACCUUCGCUUCCAGACUCCCUGCGACACGUCUUCGAAUACCAGUCUGCUGACCUUGAAGAGACACAGUCUAGCUUCUGGAUCAUCGCCGGCGCCGUCAAGGCCUUCUACGAGAAGCACAAGUGUCUGCCCGUCCCUGGCGGCCUCCCAGACAUGAAGGCGCAGUCCAGCGUCUACAUACGGCUCCAGGGAAUCUACAAAGCCAAGGCACGCAAGGACGCCGCCGAGGUGCUCGACUCGGUCCGCCGCGCCCCAGGGGGCGAACACGUCGACCCGGCAGAGGUAGAUUUGUUCUGCAAGAACGCAGCCUUUGUCAAACUGAUCGACGCGAAAGACGGGGGGACCGAGAGAUUACUCAAAGUAGCCGAUGAAGAACUCGCCAACGAUGACAUGGCGGCCAUGGGCGUCAUGCCCACGUCCCUGCUCCCCAUCUACCUCGCACUGCGCGCCACGUCACACGCUCUCGACACUGCCGCUGCUGGGGCGGCGCUGUCACCCGAAACCAUUCUCAAGAACGUCACGGCACUCGUGCCCAGGGCCACAGAGAGCGAGCGCUACGCUCAGGCGGCUCAAGAGGUGUCCCGAGCCGCCGGCGGAGAGCUGCACAACGUUUCCGCCGUCAUGGGCGGCCUGGUGGCUCAGGAGAUGAUCAAGAUUAUUACGAAACAGUACAUCCCCGUCCAUAAUACCUGCAUAUUUGACGGCAUUGGAAGCCGUUGCCAGGUGCUUCGCCUGUAG